GCUGAAAUGAAAGGACCGCCUACAGACGCACUACACUUCACUUCGCCCAGUAGUACACCAAGUACAUCACAAUCCUACGAGCCUGCAGAAACGAUAGCUCCAGUCCCUAUGGUAUCAUCCAGCAUAGCCAGCACCCUGCUAGGAGCGUCCAGGACGAUCUAUGCCGCGCCUCAUUUCAGCAGUCUUGCGGUCGCUAGCACCUCGACAGCUAGACGCUAUAUCAACAAUUCGUCGCGGCACCUCGCCGAGAUGACGAGGCCGCUGGACGACCUUCUCGCCCAAACCGGUGGACAGCCAAGGGCAGCGGGAUCGGUGUCUGAACAAUCGAAAAAGCUGAACCACGAAGCCAAAAGCAAUGUCAAGACUACUCCCACCCAUUCCCUGCACGUCAAAUCCUCUCGAAACAACAUCAUCCUCACCUACACCGAUGAUUCGAAGGGAGGAAAGGUCUUCCGAACGAUCACGGGCGGAAUCGACAAGGAUUUCAAAAAGGCUCAUCGGUCGAGUUACGAAGCCGCGCAUCAGGCAGCGUUGAAAGUCUUCAAGGCUAUUGAGGAGCACGGGCAGAGCAGGAUCCGCGUGGCCUUCAAUGGCAUCUUCGGUCAGGGAAGGGAAGCGGUAGCCGCGGCGCUGGCAGGGCCAGAGGGCGCUCGGAUCAGGACGAGGGUGGUCAAGGUGGAAGACAGGACACCGAUCAAGAUUGGUGGUACUCGAGCCAAGAAGCCAAGGAGGCUAUAGAAGUGGGGAAUGGUGACGAGACUGGGAGUUUGUAUGGUGACAUCCGUCCGGAUGCGUAUGGCUGGUGUUGUAUACUCUUCGCAACAGAUCCUAUGAACAAGACAUAUCGCGAUUCC